AUCCCACUCCUCUCUCUCUCUCUCUCUCUCUCUCUCUCCCUGUGUUAUGGCUGGGGUUUGGGUGUUCAAGAAUGGGGUGGUGCGGCUGGUGGAGAACCCGGGAGACGAGCAGGCGUCGACCGUUCGACGAAAGGCGCUGCUGCACACGCCCACCAACGAGGUGAUCACCUCCUACGCGACGCUGGAGCGGGAGCUGCUGGGACUGGGGUGGGAGCGCUACUACGAGGAACCCGACCUCCUCCAGUUUCACAAGCGCUCCUCCAUCGACCUCAUCUCCCUCCCCAAGGACUUCUCCCGCUUCAAGUCCAUCCACAUGUACGACAUCGUCGUCAAGAACCGCCACUCCUUCAAGGUCAUCGACCUGUAGCCUGCCUGCAUGCACACCCAACCCUACUCCUACUUUUGAAUAGCGUGUACUUUUCCUUCCUUUUUUUUUCUCUUGCCGGUUUCCGAUAUAUCCUGUGAGUGACAGUGUGGUACGAGCCAUGUAUACAUUAUAUAUGUGAUAUAUAUAUAUACACCGUGAUUUGAGUUCUGAAA